CGAGGCCCGACUGUCCGUGCGCCUGGAGCUAACCGGAGGCCCAGGCGAGCGGGGCGGCGCGGCGGCCUAGGCCGGCUCCGGGGGAGAUACAGCUUUCCCAGUCACUUUGUUAUCUGUAUAUAUUGGUUUGUGCCCUAUCACGACCAGACCAAGGAGGAGGGUUAAACACUCUAAGAUGAGAAAAGUUGAUCUCUGUUUGAGCUCUGAAGGGGCUGAAGUGAUUUUAGCUACAUCAAGUGAUGAAAAACACCCACCUGAAAAUAUGAUUGAUGGGAAUCCAGAAACAUUUUGGACCACCACAGGAAUGUUUCCCCAAGAAUUCAUUAUUUGUUUUCACAAACAAGUAAGGAUUGAAAGGCUUGUAAUCCAAAGUUACUUUGUGCGGACCUUGAGGAUUGAAAAGAGCACAUCUAAAGAGCCAGUUGAUUUUGAGCAGUGGAUUGAAAGAGAUCUAGUACACACAGAAGGGCAACUUCAAAAUGAAGAAAUUAUGGCCUUUUAGAAUAGGAAUCAAAAAAGGUUGAGAUGCCAAAAUUGGAUGUUAAUGUAAGCAUGAAAGGACAAGGGAGAUUCAGAUGAGGGGAACUGGAGCAUAGGAUCAGCAACAAACAAGCCAAAGAGAGAUGAGGUAGAAAGAGAACCAGCAUUUUUCGACAACAUUCCAUUGGGCUUUGCUUGUCAAGUGGAAUGAAUGGCCGUUGAUGAGGAAGCUGCUGCCUCAUCAGGAGUUUCUCUGUUCCUGCUGGUUGGUCAGGCCCUGGUUUUAGACAAACGCAAAAAAGUGAAACAACUAAAUGUGUGUUUUUUCAGGUGGUAGUGUUUGUUUAAUUAAAGUUUCUCUAAAUGAGGCUUAAAGUGGUACCUUGUCCGUUAAAUUUCCUUCUUUACAACUAGCUGGGAGCUGCUAUGAAAUCAGUAUUUCAAAAGAUUCUGUAGGAAGUUUUUGAGCCCUGUUAAUUCUCUUCUCUACCACGCAAAUGUGCCCGAUGAUUGGGAAGGCCAGUGUUGGUGGCGGGGGCCAGAAAAAUGAUUAAUUAGACUGAAUUUUAUCUUCCUGUUUUUCUCAUCUUCACCAAUGGGUUACGAUUAGUAAGUCUCUGCUCAGCAUUUUGUUUCAGGACUCACUGUGGAUCAGGGAGGGUCGCAGCAUUAUAGAACAUCUGGAAAACAGUAAGGGGAGGUGGGAGGCUGAAAAUCAUCCAUAAUUUUAUUACCCUGCCUCAACAGCUUUUACUAUACCUGCUUUCUCCUAGUUGUCGACCAUAGGCAUCACAUAGUUGUAAUAGUAAUGAUGAACAAUUUUGUAUCAUUUUUUUAACUCAAUAUUAUAUACAGGUUUUGUAAUUAUAAUUUUAAGAUUAAAUGUAUGUAAAUAGGCAAAUGCUAACUAAUUUCCUUUUUCCUCCUUCUGUCAUUAAAAGUAAUACUACAAGGGACAUCUUAUGCAUGUUUCUGCUACCAUGAUCUUCACCUUUUAAAUUAUUUUCUAAGAUUAAAUUUCAAGGAAUGGAAUUACUGGGUCCAACGAUAUAGACAUAUUUAUAGCUUUUUUUAUAUAUUGCCAAGUUGCUUUCCAGAGAAAUUAUAUAAAUAUAAAAGUAUAGUAAUGUUUCAGGAUAUAUUUCAGUAUAUUCUAAGGCAUCAUUAACCAAAGGAAAUCUCUUAUCAUGAAAAAUACUUUAGAAAGACACUUAUAAAUUUGAUGAGAAAUGUACAGUUGCAGUCUUUAGCUCCAGCUGCUAUUUUUCAUCAAACCAAGGCUGAUAUUCAGCUGAUACACACUAGAACAAUGUACUGUUAUAUGCGGCUGACUUUUCUUCUGAAUAUUAUCCUAUAUAUUGUUAUAUAUUUAGAAUAUUACUCUUGCAUCGAACGCUUUCUUCUGCUAACUGCUUGUUUAACAGUUAACUAGAAUUUCUAAAAGCAUCCGUAUUGAUUUUUCCCCUACAGGGACGUGAUGGCCAUGCCACUUACUUGAGAUUCAUUAUUGUAUCAGCCUUUGAUCAUUUUGCAUCUGUACAUAGCAUUUCUGCAGAGGGA